AUGAUUCGGGCGCUGUACCUCAUAUCUUAUUACACUCGUGGAAUUCUCUAUGGAAGCAUCUUCGGGGACUUUCCUGCUGGAAAAGCGGCUCGGCCUGCACACAGCGCCCUCGGGGUGGAGCGACGGACCAGUGGCAACCUGACCCCUACCCGGCAAGCGAGCGACGCUGGAGAGCGUUCCGCUCCGGGAACUGCGCACAUCCUGAGCGCCAGACUGAGUCCCCUGGAGUUAAACGAACGCCUGCUUCGCACGUUGGAGGAGUUGCUGCCACCGGUGUGGGCGCAGUUGGGUUUAUCUGAAGCCGCAGCUGAUCGCGAGCAGGUCCUCCGCCUCGAGGACUAUACGAUCCUUGUCCGACGCUUGGGUGAUGUAGUUGCGGUCAUCAUUGGAGAGCGAGAACAUGAGUCUCUUCUGCUGUUGGAGUUUGGCCAAAGGUUCGAACAGUGCCUCCGCCGUACACUGCACCUCGAGGGAGGCAGCGUUCUGCCUUUCACGGCGUCUCAGGCACGGAGCAACGUCGCGACAACUUUGGAACCACCACUCCUCUCGUCUGGGACGUCUGAGGAAGCCCAAAACGGUACCAGCGUCGGUUACUUGGGUGCUGGCGUUGACAACCACCAGAAGCUAGAGCAAAUCCUUGUAGAGCGCUACGAGGAACUCUGUCAUAUCAUCGCCACCAUGGUAUCGGAAGCAGGUAUCGUGAACACAAUGGAUCCGGAAACCGUUUCAAGUCUGGUGUAG